AUGAUGUCGCCUCCUUCGGCCCCGCACCGGGCUGUGGGGGACCCCUACAUCACCGGUCUCCUUCCUCAGCUCCUCCCUCAGCUCCUCCCUCAGCUCCUUCCUCAGCUCCUGCCUCAGCUCCUCCCUCAGCUCCUCCCUCAGCUCCUGCCUCAGCUCCUUCCUCAGCUCCUGCCUCAGCUCCUGCCUCAGCUCGUCCCUCAGCUCCUCCCUCAGCUCCUGCCUCAGCUCCUCCCUCAGCUCCUUCCUCAGCUCCUCCCUCAGCUCCUGCCUCAGCAACUCCCUCAGCUACUCCCUCAGCUCCUCCCUCAGCUCCUUCCUCAGUUCCUUCCUCAGCUCCUCCCUCAGCUCCUGCCUCAGCUCCUCCUCAGCUCCUGCCUCAGCUCCUCCCUCAGCUCCUCCCUCAGCUCCUUCCUCAGCUCCUUCCUCAGCUCCUGCCUCAGCUCCUCCCUCAGCUCCUCCCUCAGCUCCUCCUCAGCUCCUCACUCUCCUCAGCUCCUCCUCAGCUCCUGCCUCAGCUCCUUCCUCAGUUCCUCCCUCAGCUCCUGCCUCAGCUCCUCCCUCAGCUCCUCCCUCAGCUCCUGCCUCAGCUCCUUCCUCAGCUCCUCCCUCAGCUACUUCCUCAGCCACUCCCUCAGCUCCUUCCUCAGCUCCUCCCUCAGCUACUUCCUCAGCCACUCCCUCAGCUCCUGCCUCAGCUCCUUCCUCAGCUCCUGCCUCAGCUCCUGCCUCAGCUCCUCCCUCAGCUCCUCCCUCAGCUCCUCCCUCAGCUCCUUCCUCAGCUCCUCCCUCAGCUCCUUCCUCAGCUCCUCCCUCAGCUCCUUCCUCAGCUCCUCCCUCAGCUACUUCCUCAGCCACUCCCUCAGCUCCUGCCUCAGCUCCUUCCUCAGCUCCUGCCUCAGCUCCUCCCUCAGCUCCUCCCUCAGCUCCUUCCUCAGCUCCUUCCUCAGCUCCUGCCUCAGCUCCUCCCUCAGCUCCUCCCUCAGCUCCUUCCUCAGCUCCUGCCUCAGCUCCUGCCUCAGCUCCUUCCUCAGCUCCUCCCUCAGCUACUUCCUCAGCCACUCCCUCAGCUCCUGCCUCAGCCCCUUCCUCAGCUCCUGCCUCAGCUCCUGCCUCAGCUCCUCCCUCAGCUCCUCCCUCAGCUCCUGCCUCAGCUCCUUCCUCAGCUCCUCCCUCAGCUACUUCCCCCCCUCAGCCACUCCCUCAGCUCCUUCCUCAGCUCCUUCCUCAGCUCCUGCCUCAGGUGUGUGUGCGACCUCUGGGACAGAGCACUACUUCCUCAGCCACUCCCUCAGCUCCUGCCUCAGCUCCUUCCUCAGCUCCUGCCUCAGCUCCUCCCUCAGCUCCUCCCUCAGCUCCUUCCUCAGCUCCUUCCUCAGCUCCUGCCUCAGCUCCUCCCUCAGCUCCUCCCUCAGCUCCUGCCUCAGCUCCUGCCUCAGCUCCUUCCUCAGCUCCUCCCUCAGCUACUUCCUCAGCCACUCCCUCAGCUCCUGCCUCAGCCCGUUCCUCAGCUCCUCCCUCAGCUACUUCCUCAGCUCCUUCCUCAGCUCCUGCCUCAGCUCCUCCCUCAGCUCCUUCCUCAUCUCCUCCCUCAGCUCCUUCCUCAGCUCCUUCCUCAGCUCCUGCCUCAGCUCCUCCCUCAGCUCCUCCCUCAGCUACUUCCUCAGCCACUCCCUCAGCUCCUCCCUAUGCUCCUCCCUCAGCUACUUCCUCAGCCACUCCCUCAGCCCCUCCCUAUGCUCCUCCCUCAGCUCCUGCCUCAGCUCCUCCCUCAGCUCCUCCCUCAGCUCCUCCCUCAGCUACUUCCUCAGCCACUCCCUCAGCUCCUCCCUAUGCUCCGCAGCUCCUUCCUCAGCUCCUCCCUCAGCUACUUCCUCAGCCACUCCCUCAGCUCCUGCCUCAGCUCCUCCCUCAGCUCCUCCCUCAGCUCCUCCCUCAGCUCCUGCCUCAGCUCCUCCCUCAGCUCCUCCCUCAGCUCCUGCCUCAGCCCCUCCCUCAGCUCCUCCCUCAGCUCCUGCCUCAGCUCCUCCCUCAGCUCCUCCCUCAGCUCCUCCCUCAGCUCCUCCCUCAGCUCCUCCCUCAGCUCCUGCCUCAGCUCCUUCCUCAGCUCCUCCCUCAGCUACUUCCUCAGCUACUUCCUCAGCUCCUCCCUCAGCUCCUCCCUCAGCUCCUCCCUCAGCUCCUUCCUCAGCUACUUCCUCAGCUCCUUCCUCAGCUCCUGCCUCAGCUCCUCCCUCAGCUCCUCCCUCAGCUCCUCCCUCAGCUCCUCCCUCAGCCUACUUCCUCAGCUCCUUCCUCAGCUCCUGCCUCAGCUCCUCCCUCAGCUCCUCCCUCAGCUCCUUCCUCAGCUCCUCCCUCAGCUCCUCCCUCAGCUCCUUCCUCAGCUCCUCCCUCAGCUCCUCCCUCAGCUCCUCCCUCAGCUCCUCCCUCAGCUCCUCCCUCAGCUCCUGCCUCAGCUCCUCCCUCAGCUCCUCCCUCAGCUCCUUCCUCAGCUCCUUCCUCAGCUCCUCCCUCAGCUCCUCCCUCAGCUCCUCCCUCAGCUCCUUCCUCAGCUCCUUCCUCAGCUCCUUCCUCAGCUCCUCCCUCAGCUCCUUCCUCAGCUCCUCCCUCAGCUCCUUCCUCAGCUCCUUCCUCAGCUCCUUCCUCAGCUCCUGCCUCAGAUCCUCCCUCAGCUCCUCCCUCAGCUCCUCCCUCAGCUCCUCCCUCAGCUCCUCCCUCAGCUCCUCCCUCAGCUCCUCCCUCAGCUCCUUCCUCAGCUCCUCCCUCAGCUCCUCCCUCAGCUCCUCCCUCAGCUCCUCCCUCAGCUCCUACCUCAGCUCCUCCCUCAGCUCCUCCCUCAGCUACUUCCUCAGCUCCUCCCUCAGCUCCUCCCUCAGAUCCUCCCUCAGCUCCUCCCUCAGCUCCUCCCUCAGCUCCUUCCUCAGCUCCUCCCUCAGCUCCUUCCUCAGCUCCUUCCUCAGCUCCUUCCUCAGCUCCUGCCUCAGAUCCUCCCUCAGCUCCUGCCUCAGAUCCUCCCUCAGCUCCUCCCUCAGCUCCUCCCUCAGCUCCUCCCUCAGCUCCUCCCUCAGCUCCUUCCUCAGCUCCUCCCUCAGCUCCUCCCUCAGCUCCUCCCUCAGCUCCUCCCUCAGCUCCUCCCUCAGCUCCUACCUCAGCUCCUCCCUCAGCUCCUCCCUCAGCUACUUCCUCAGCUCCUCCCUCAGCUCCUCCCUCAGAUCCUCCCUCAGCUCCUCCCUCAGCUCCUCCCUCAGCUACUUCCUCAGCUCCUUCCUCAGCUCCUGCCUCAGCUCCUCCCUCAGCUCCUGCCUCAGCUCCUCCCUCAGCUCCCCUGGGCCGACAACCUGGGUUAACUGGAUUUGGCUGUUCUGA